CACGCGGUUUGGGCCCAGUGGCUGAAUUCCCCAGCGGACAUGGACGGCUCACCUGCUGAGGACCACAGACUGAACUUCAUAGAAGACUACGUGCUUAGGACUCUCAAAGUCAAACAAGACCGAUGGCAAAAAUGUUUGUCCUGCCAAGAAAACGUUCAGAUUCUACAGGACUUUCUGGACAAACCGCAGCACAGGACUUUGGUGGUGUGUGUGACCGCGACAGGAUUGCUACAGCCCGUGACUAACUUUACAUUCCAGUCCAAAAACAAAUCUGUGUACUUUCUCAAACGAAGUCAAACCACGCUGACUGCCAAACGUAUGGUGGAUAACUUGGUGUGCGGUGAUUUGUCUCACUCGCCACUAGACCACUUUUCUGCACUGAUUGAAAAGGUUGUCACCCCACUGCUGUCCAACAGUAGGAACCACACCGAAUGGCCUCAGGUGGUAGCCCAAGAUGUGAAGAACCUCAUCCACUCCCUCAAGAGCAGCGUGUUUGUAAUGUCAGGCCAAGUCAAAGGCCGGACACUGCUGCCCCUUUCUGUCGGUUUCGACGCUGUGGAGACAGAUAACAGGGGGGAAACAAUAGAUAAAAGCAUCAUCCACUCCUUGGAGUCAACAGUGAUUGAGUGGAGCCAUCAGAUCCGUGCAGUGCUGAUAAAAGAAUCAGCGGAGGCUUUGCUUGAAGGCAAAGCCCCCACACCGCACACAGAGCUGCUCUUCUGGAAAAACAGAUAUGCUGAUUUGGAGUGCAUUUACACCCAAUUAACAUCACACAAAGGGAACAAAAUGGAGAUGCUGCUUGACGCUGUGGAGAGCAGCUAUUCUCCCGCUUUUCAAAACAUCCGACGGGAAGUCCGGGAAGCCUUGGAGGAGGCAAAGGACAUCUCUACCUACUUGGCACCACUGCAGCGCCUGUUUGAAGACAUGGAGAAUGGAAAGUUUUCCCAUGUCAAAGGUCAGAUGGGCCCCUUGAUGCACACAGUAUGUCUUGUGUGGGCCAACUCCGGACACUACAACACUCCACCGCGACUCAUUCUUCUACUCCGAGAGAUCUGCAAUCUCCUCAUACAACAGGCUCGCAGUUAUUUGAUACCAGAAGAACUUCUCAAAGGUGAGCUUGUUGAGAGUCUUCUGAAAGUGAAAACAACCUUGGACAUUUUGGAACUCUUCAAGAGCACCUUUGAGGACCACCGAACCAAUCUGAGCCAGUACCAGAGGAAUGGGAACUUGGUGAAACCUUGGAAUCUUUCCUCUACUUUGGUCUUCUCUGGACUUGAUAGCUUUCUCGACAGACUCGUGUCCACACAAGAUAUCCUUUUGGUAGCAGUGGACUUCUCAAAGCUUGAGAAAUUAGAGAUUGGAGGUGUUAGAGGCCGAGCGCUAAGCCAACAGGUCCACCAACUCCACCAGGACUUUAUGGAUCAUUUCAAGAGCUUAACAGAGAAGCCCUAUGACUGUUUGGACCUCGACAACAAGGAGUUUGAGAAAGACGUCCGCGACUUCAAAUUGUUAGCCGAUGACACGGACCGGCGAUUAGGAGCCAUCUUCUGUCAGGCCUUUGACGACGCUUCAGGAUUGGAACAUUCCUUCAAGGUUGUGGAUAUGUUCAGAGGCUUGUUGGAGCGUCCUUUGGUAGCUCAAGAUGCUUUGGACAGAUACUCAUGCUUAGUAAGCAUGUUUGACAAGGAUCUGGACAACUGCAAAGUCCUAUACCAGGAACGUAUUAAGCUUGCAAAUGAUCUGAGUUCUGCUCCAGUGAAUAAGAAUAUGCCAGCAGUAGCUGGAGGGCUGAGAUGGGCCCAAGAGCUGCAGCAGCGCAUGCAGACACCCUUCUCCAAAUUCAAAUUCUGCUCCUACCCGUGCCUGGAGUCAGCACAAGGAGUUUGGGUCAUUGGGAAGUAUGAGGAGCUGAUGCAAGAGGUUGACAGAUACCGCAUCAGCCUGUAUGAGACAUGGACGAGGACUGUUGACAGCAGUUGUCAUCACAACCUCAGCCUCCCCUUAAUCUGCAGAGACGUAUCCUCGCGACUGAUCUCGGUCAACUUUAACACCCAGCUUGCAUCUGUGUUGAGGGAAGUGAAGUACCUGGAGGCCACACAGACUGAAGUGAUUCCCGACACUGCAGUGCAGAUUUAUGCUAGCAGAUGGCACUUGUGGCAGUUUGUGGCCAGCCUGGAACUUGCUGCAGGACGAUACAACAAGAUGAUUCAGUCUGUGCUUGAUGUGGAGAAUCCACUCCUCCAGAGACAGCUCAGUGAUAUUGAUACCCAGCUGAGAAAGGCUGAAGAGAGCCUCAGUUGGAACAGCCAAGGCAUUUGGCAGUAUAUUCAAGAGUUGCGGGAUUCCAUCUGUGACCUGGAAAGCCGACUCCAAAAGACCAAAGACAAUGUGGAAGAGAUCCAGAAUUGUAUCAAAUCCUGGGCAAGACCAUUGUUUGACAGGAAGGAGGGGAAAAAAGACACUUUGCUGAGUCUGGACGAUCGGGUCGAAAGGCUGGAUCGCUUUUAUUCGGUGAUACGAUCGACAGGAGAUAAGAUUCAUUUCCUCACCAAUCGAAAUCUUGAGCUUUUUAGGUCGGAUCCAUCCUCAGAAGAUUGGAAAGCCUAUGUGGACUAUAUUGACGACAUGGUCAUUGAUGGAUUUUAUCAUUGCAUAGAGUGUUCACUCAAGUUUUUCCUGGAAAACACAGAUGAAAGAGACAAUAUAGUACCCCUGUUUGAGGCCCAACUGGAUCUCAAAGUUCCUCACAUGGUGUUUAUACCAUCUCUGGAGUAUGGAGAAAGAGCAAAUUUCCAUGACCUGGUGGAGAGUCUCAUCAAUGAUGUGUUCAGAGUGUCUUCAUUGGUGCCACGCCUCUCCCAGCACAGUUCUUUUCCUCACUACCAGGCUGACAUGGAAGACAUGCCAGACUUGGCAGAUAUGCGUCUUCUCCUCAUGGAUCGUGUGCAGAGCGUCAUGACGACUUGCUGCAUUUUCCGGAAUUCGUUGGAACGCUACAGUUACCUUUACAUAGAUGACAGGAAGGAGUUUCUGCACCAGUUUCUCCGCUAUGGUCAUGUUCUGACCGACCAGGAAAUGGAAGAUCGAGUUGAAGAUUCUAUCCCAGAGAAGCCACCGACGUUGGAUAACUUUAAAGAUCAAGUGGAUAGGUAUGAGAAGAUCUAUGAUGAGGUGCAAGAUCUGGAGCCAGUCCACGUAUUCCAUGGCUGGAUGCGUGUAAACAGCCGCAGCUUGAAGAUUGCCCUGCUCAACACCAUCAAGAAAUGGAGUUUCAUGUUCAAACAACACCUUAUUGAUCAUGUCACUAACAGUCUAUCAGAACUGGAGAGUUUCAUCAUCGUGGCGAAGACUGGCCUCAGCCAGCAAGUGGAGGAAGGAGACUACAAAACCCUGGUGGGAGUCUUGGGCCAUUUGCUUGCUGUCAAGGAGAGACAACACACAACAGAUGGCAUAUUUCAGCCACUGCAGCAAACCAUUGCUUUGCUAAAAGAUUAUGAGCAGGAUCUCCCUGAUGCUGUGCAUAAGCAGUUACAAGAGUUGCCCGAAAAGUGGAGCAAUGUGAAAAAGGAGGCCAUGCAAGUCAAACAGCAAGUAGCGCCUCUGCAAGCCGUUGAGGUUGCGAGUUUGCGAAGAAAGUGUGCUUCAUUUGAAGUGGAGCAACACACAUUCCGGGAACAUUUUCGCAACAAUGGGCCCUUCAGAUUUGACAGCGAGAAUCCACACCAGAUGUUGGACAUAUUUCACUGGCAGAUCCAGGAACAGGAGGCAGAGAUGGCCUCCCUGGUGGAAUCCGCCAGCUUGUUUGAGGUGACUGUCUCGGAAUACAAACAGCUACGCCGAUGCAGGCGUGAGGUGGGCUUGCUCAAGGAGCUGUGGGACAUGAUCACUCUGGUGGAAUCCAGCAUGGGCGAAUGGAAAAUGACUCCCUGGAGGAAGAUUGAUGUGGAGGACAUGGAGUUGGAGUGCAAACGCUUCUCAAAAGAUAUUCGAGGGCUGGAUAAGGAGAUUAGAGCGUGGGAGGCCUUCACAGGUUUGGACAGCAUGGUAAAGAACCUUCUCAUUUCCCUGAGGGCAGUAGCAGAGCUGCAGAAUCCAGCCGUACGGGUCCGACACUGGCAUCAAUUAAUGGCUGCUACUGGAGUUUGUUUUAACAUGGACCAGGAAACCACUCUGGCUGAUCUGCUGCAACUGAACCUGCAUGCUUUUGAAGAGGAAGUGAGAGGGAUUGUAGACAAGGCUGUGAAAGAGCUGGGAAUGGAGAAAGUUCUUUCGGAGCUCAACUCCACAUGGACAGGUAUGCGGUUCCAAUAUGAGCCACACCAUCGUACUGGAAUCCCUUUACUGCGUUCAGACGAGGAACUUAUCGAGACGUUGGAAGACAACCAGGUCCAACUGCAGAACCUGAUUUCUUCCAAGUACAUUGCCCACUUCUUGGAUGAAGUAUCAUCUUGGCAGAGUAAGCUCUCUGUGGCCGACUCUGUCAUCUCCAUCUGGUUUGAGGUGCAACGGACAUGGACUCACCUGGAGAGCAUCUUCAUCGGCUCAGAGGACAUUCGGUCACAGCUGCCUGAGGACUCUAAGCGCUUCGAAGCGAUUGAUGCCCAUUUCAAAGAGUUGGCUAACUGGCUGCAUCAAACGCCCAACGUUGUAGAGGCCACCAAUCAACCUGCUCUGUUUGACAAAUUGGAGAACAUCCAGUGCAGGCUGUCCCUUUGCGAAAAGGCUCUGGCGGAUUAUCUGGACAUCAAGCGACUGGCAUUCCCUCGCUUUUACUUCAUCUCUUCAGCUGAUCUCUUAGACAUUCUUUCGAAUGGAACCAACCCACACCAGGUCCAGAGGCAUCUGUCGAAGCUAUUUGACAACAUGGCGAAAAUGGAAUUUGAAGUAGAUGAAAAGGGAAAUCCUUCUAAGACGGGCCUGGGCAUGUAUAGCAAAGAAGAGGAGUAUGUCCCUUUUAAUCAGUCUUGUGACUGCACUGGACAGGUGGAAGUGUGGUUAAACCAUCUUCUGCAGAGCAUGCGCUCCACUGUUCGUCGUGAGCUGACCGAGUCAGUGAGCACCUAUGAGGAGAAGCCCAGAGAGCAAUGGUUGUUUGAUUAUCCAGCUCAGGUGGCACUUACUUGCACUCAGAUCUGGUGGACAUCCGAUGUGGGAAUGGCGUUCGGCCGUCUGGAAGAAGGCAACGACAGCGCUCUAAAGGACUAUUACAAGAAACAGGUGUCUCAGCUCAACACCCUCAUUUCCAUGCUGAUUGGCCAGCUUUCGCCCGGAGAUCGGCAGAAGGUCACGACCAUCUGCACGAUCGACGUCCACGCCAGAGAUGUGGUUGCCAAGAUGAUUGCACACAAGGUGGAGAAUUCUCAAGCAUUUGUGUGGCUUUCCCAGCUGAGACACCGAUGGGAUGAGAAGGAGCGUCAUUGUUUUGCAAAUAUCUGUGAUGCCCAGUUCCGCUACUCUUACGAGUAUCUUGGCAACACGCCGCGACUCGUCAUCACGCCUCUAACAGACAGGUGUUACAUCACCUUGACUCAGUCCCUGCACCUGACCAUGAGUGGAGCUCCGGCAGGACCUGCAGGAACAGGCAAGACGGAGACAACCAAAGACUUGGGCCGAGCCCUCGGCAUCAUGGUCUAUGUGUUUAACUGCUCUGAGCAGAUGGACUACAAGUCUUGUGGAAACAUCUACAAAGGUUUGGCUCAGACAGGCACAUGGGGCUGCUUUGAUGAAUUCAACAGAAUCUCAGUGGAGGUGCUGUCUGUGGUGGCUGUACAGGUCAAAAGUAUUCAAGAUGCCAUUCGAGAUAAGAAACAGAUGUUUAAUUUCAUGGGCGAAGACAUAACCCUUUGCCCGAGUGUGGGCAUCUUCGUCACGAUGAAUCCUGGUUAUGCUGGUAGGACAGAGCUUCCUGAGAACCUAAAAGCUCUUUUCAGACCAUGUGCCAUGGUGGUGCCAGACUUUGAGCUGAUCUGUGAAAUCAUGUUGGUGGCUGAGGGAUUCAUCGCUGCACGGGUUCUCGCUAGGAAGUUUAUCACACUCUACACGUUGUGCAAAGAACUUCUUUCCAAACAGGACCAUUACGAUUGGGGCCUCCGUGCCAUCAAGUCCGUACUGGUGGUUGCCGGUUCUCUAAAGAGAGGCGAUCCCAGUCGGGCUGAGGAGCAAGUAUUGAUGAGAGCCUUGAGAGAUUUCAACAUUCCCAAAAUUGUGACGGAUGACAUGCCAGUGUUCAUGGGGUUGAUAGGUGACCUGUUCCCUGCUCUGGAUGUACCCAGGAAAAGAGACUUGGACUUUGAGAAGCAGGUCAAGAAAUCUAUUCUUGACAUGAAGUUACAGCCCGAGGAGAAUUUUGUACUCAAGGUGGUGCAGCUAGAAGAGCUUUUGACGGUGCGACACUCAGUAUUUGUGAUUGGGAAUGCCGGUACUGGAAAGAGCCAGGUGCUGAGGUCACUCCAAAAAACCUACCAGAAUACAAAACGUCGACCCGUCUGGGUGGAUCUCAACCCAAAAGCUGUGACCAAUGAUGAACUUUUUGGCAUCAUCAACCCAUCAACCAGAGAAUGGAAAGACGGUCUGUUCUCUUGUAUAAUGCGUGAACUCUCCAAUAUCAGUCACAAUGGGCCUAAAUGGAUAGUUUUGGAUGGAGAUAUUGACCCAAUGUGGAUUGAGUCGCUCAACACAGUCAUGGAUGAUAACAAGGUUCUGACCUUGGCCAGUAAUGAACGGAUCCCUCUGAACUCAAGCAUGAGACUGCUAUUUGAGAUUAGCCACCUUCAGACUGCUACCCCAGCGACUGUAUCCAGAGCAGGAAUCCUGUACAUAAACCCAGCAGACCUAGGAUGGAACCCUUUGGUGUCAAGCUGGAUUGAUGGGAGGGAGGUGCAAUCAGAGAAGGCUAACCUGACCAUUUUGUUUGACAAGUAUCUCCCCUCCUGCCUGGAUGUCUUAAGAAUAAGGUUUAAAAAGAUCAUCCCUAUCCCCGACCAGAGUAUGGUCCAGAUGCUUUGCUAUUUGCUCGAGUGCCUACUAACACCAGAAAAUGCCCCGGCUGACUCCGCAAAGGAACUUUAUGAGCUUUAUUUUGUUUUUGCUGCUGUCUGGGCAUUUGGGGGAGCUUUGUUUCAAGACCAGCUGGUUGACUACAGAGUGGAGUUCAGCAAGUGGUGGGUGGCAGAGUUCAAAAGCAUCAAGUUUCCAUCCCACGGCACAGUGUUUGAUUACUACAUUGACUCCGAGAGCAAGAAGUUUGAACCCUGGUCCAAAAUGGUGCCCAUGUUUGAGAUGGAUGCUGACACUCCACUUCAGGCUUGCUUAGUUCACACAGCAGAGAGCAUUCGAGUCCGUUUCUUCAUCGAUUGUCUGCUGGAGCACCGCCGGCCUAUCAUGCUCGUCGGGAAUGCCGGCACCGGCAAGUCUGUCCUGGUCGCUGACAAACUGACGUCACUGGAUCCGGACAAAUAUGCGGUUGCAAAUGUCCCUUUCAAUUAUUACACCACAUCGGCAAUGCUGCAAGCUGUGUUGGAAAAGCCCCUUGAGAAAAAGGCAGGACGCAACUACGGACCUCCCGGCAGCAGAAGGCUGAUCUACUUUAUCGAUGACUUGAAUAUGCCUGAGGUGGAUGCAUAUGGCACAGUUCAACCUCACACACUAAUACGUCAACAUAUGGACUACAACCACUGGUAUGACCGUAAUAAACUCCUUUUGAAGGAAAUACAACGUGUUCAGUAUGUGUCGUGUAUGAACCCCACGGCUGGAAGCUUUACCAUCAAUCCAAGGCUGCAGCGCCACUUUUCAGUCAUCGCCCUAUCUUUCCCCGGAGCUGACGCCCUCGCGACCAUAUACACUUCGAUUUUGUCGCAGCACCUGCAGAAUGACGCUUUCCCAGCCGCCAUCCGGAAGAGCUGCCCCACCCUGGUCCAGUUAUCGCUGGCUCUGCAUCUGAGCGUUGCCUCCACUUUUCUCCCCACUGCAGUCAAGUUCCACUACAUUUUCAACCUACGAGACCUCUCCAAUAUCUACCAGGGCAUUCUCUUCAGUACUUCUGAGUGUCUGAAAACCCCUGUGGACCUGCUGAAAAUCUACCUGCACGAGUCCAAUCGUGUCUACAAAGACAAGCUUGUUGAGGAGCAGGACUUCCAGGUCUUUGAUAAGCUGCAGGCAGACAUGGUGAAAAAGUUUUUUGAGGACAUGCAGGAGAGUCUGGAAAAGACCCGGAAGAUCAACCUGUACUGCCACUUUGCCCACGGCCUUGGGGAAGCCAAGUACAUGCCCGUGGAAUCCUGGAGCAGCCUCAGUAAAAACCUGCUGGAAGUACUGGACAGCUACAAUGAGGUCAACGCCACACUCAACUUGGUGCUGUUUGAGGAUGCCAUGGCUCACAUCUGCCGUAUAAAUCGAAUCCUGGAGUCUCCACGGGGUAACGCACUGCUAGUCGGAGUAGGCGGAAGUGGCAAGCAGAGUCUGACCCGACUGGCUGCAUUUAUCUCCAAUCUGGAGGUUUUCCAAAUCACCUUGAGGAAGGGUUACGCUAUCACAGACCUCAAAAGUGACCUGGCAUCGCUCUACAUCAAAGCUGGCGUGAAGAAUAUUGGCACCGUUUUCUUAAUGACUGAUGCCCAAGUGGCAGAUGAGAGGUUCCUCGUUCUGGUCAACGAUCUGUUGGCAUCGGGAGAGAUCCCGGACUUGUUCCCAGACGAUGAGGUGGAGAACAUCAUUGGCAGUGUGAGGCCGGAGGUACGCAGCUCCGGAUUGAUGGAUACAAGAGAAAACUGCUGGAAGUUCUUCAUCGACCGGGUUCGCAGGGAGCUCAAGGUGGCACUGUGUUUCUCCCCGGUUGGCAGUAAACUGAGGAUUCGUAGCAGGAAGUUCCCCGCCGUGGUCAACUGUACAGCUAUCGACUGGUUCCACGAAUGGCCACGGGAGGCGUUGGAGUCUGUCAGCCUCAGGUUCCUACAGGAAGUGGACAAUAUUGAUCCUCACGUGAAGGAUUCCGUCAGUAAAUUCAUGGCAUAUGUCCACAUGAGUGUUAAUCACACCUCAAAGGAGUACCUGGCCAAUGAGCGUCGCUACAACUACACCACACCGAAAUCUUUCCUCGAACAGAUCGAACUGUAUCGAAGUCUGCUGGGCCAGAGGAGUAAAGACCUAAGCAGCAAAAUGGAGCGGCUGGAGAAUGGCCUGCAGAGGCUCAACAGCACCUCUGCUCAGGUUGAUGACCUCAAGGCCAAGCUGGCAGCUCAAGAAGUAGAGGUCAAGCAGAAGAACGAGGAUGCUGACAAGCUGAUCCGGGUGGUUGGAGUCGAAACUGAGAAAGUGUCCAAGGAGAAAGCGGUGGCUGACGAUGAAGAGAAAAAAGUGGCGGCCAUGGCUGUUUUGGUCCGUGGCAAACAAAAAGACUGUGAAGAGGACUUGGCCAAGGCUGAACCAGCUCUCGUCGCUGCACAGGAUGCACUCAACACUCUCAACAAAAACAACCUGACAGAGUUAAAGUCAUUUGGCUCUCCAGUGGCAGCAGUUACCAAUGUCACAGCGGCCGUCAUGGUUUUAAUGUCGCCCGGCGGCAAAGUCCCAAAGGAUCGGAGUUGGAAGGCCGCUAAGGUGAUGAUGGCCAAAGUGGAUACAUUCCUGGAUUCUCUCAUACGUUUCAAAAAGGAAAGCAUCCCGGAGACUUGUCUGAAUGCGAUUCAGCCUUAUUUGCAGGAUCCAGAGUUCCAGCCAGAACUGAUUGCCUCAAAGUCAAACGCAGCAGCAGGCCUUUGCUCCUGGGUUUUGAACAUAGUCAAAUUCUACAAAGUAUACUGCGAAGUAGAGCCCAAGCGGCAGGCUUUGAGUAAAGCCAACGCCGAACUAGCUGCUGCACAAGGGAAGCUCGCCACCAUCAAAAACAAGAUCAAUCACCUUAAUGAGAACCUGGCCAAGCUUACGGCCAAGUUUGAGAAAGCAACUGCAGCCAAACUCAAGUGCCAACAGGAAGCAGAAUCGACUGCCCACACUAUUUCCUUGGCAAACCGCCUGGUGGGAGGGCUGGCGUCAGAGAAUGUUCGCUGGGCAGACGCGAUUGAAAGUUUCCGAAAGCAGGAAAGAACUCUGUGUGGGGAUGUCCUCCUCAUCACCGCUUUCAUCUCCUACCUGGGCUAUUUCACCAAAGGCUACAGGUUACAACUAAUGGCUGAAACCUGGAGGCCUUACCUUAGUCAGAUGACGGUUCCCAUCCCAGUAACACCUGGAUUGGACCCAUUAACCAUGCUCACGGAUGAUGCUGACAUUGCCACGUGGCAGAAUGAAGGACUACCUGCAGACAGGAUGUCCACUGAGAAUGCCACCAUUCUUACGUCCUGUCAGCGAUGGCCCCUCAUGGUGGACCCUCAGCUGCAGGGAAUCAAGUGGAUUAAAACCAAAUACGGUGAACGUUUGCAUGUCAUCCGCAUUGGACAGAGAGGGUACUUGGAUGUCAUAGAGAGAGCACUGGCACAGGGCGAUGCUGUCCUGAUAGAAAAUUUGGAAGAAAACUUGGAUCCUGUUCUUGGAGCGCUACUGGGGAGAGAAACCAUUAAGAAGGGCAGGUAUAUAAAGAUUGGCGACAGGGAGUGCGAGUACAACCCGAGCUUCCGCCUCAUUCUGCACACCAAACUUGCCAGCCCUCAUUAUCAACCCGAGCUGCAAGCUCAGUGCACUUUGAUCAAUUUCACAGUGACAAGAGAUGGCUUGGAGGAGCAGCUGUUGGCAGCUGUGGUUAGCAUGGAGAGACCUGAUCUAGAGGAGCUGAAGUCCAACCUGACAAAACAGCAAAAUGGUUUCAAGAUCACGCUGAAGACACUGGAGGAUAACCUGCUCUCUCGCUUGUCCUCAGCUUCCGGGAAUUUCCUGGGUGACACUGAGCUUGUGGAAAACCUGGAGACAACAAAACGCACUGCUGCAGAUAUUGUGGAAAAAGUAAAAGAAUCUAAGGUGACAGAAGCCAAAAUCAAUGAGGCUCGGGAGCACUACAGACCUGCAGCGGCACGGGCUUCGUUAUUAUACUUCAUAAUGAACGACCUCAAUAAAAUCCACCCCAUGUACCAGUUCUCUCUCAAGGCAUUUAGCGUGGUCUUUCAGAAGGCAGUUGUGAAGGCUGAACCCGACGAUGAUCUAAAGCAGCGGGUGUCCAACUUAAUUGACAGCAUCACGUCUUCAGUCUUCCAGUACACUACCAGAGGCCUGUUUGAGUGUGACAAACUCACGUACAUUGCUCAGCUCGCCUUCCAGAUUCUAUUAAUGAACAAAGAAAUCAACCCUGCCGAGUUGGAUUUCCUUCUAAAAUACCCUGUCCAACCUGCGGAAACAUCACCAGUGGAGUUUCUUUCCAAUCACUCUUGGGGAGGAAUCAAGUCGCUGUGUCUAAUGGACGAGUUCAGGAAUCUCGACCGAGACAUCGAAGGCUCGGCCAAACGCUGGAAGAAGUUUGUCGAGUCUGAGUGUCCAGAAAAGGAAAAAUUCCCACAAGAGUGGAAGAAUAAAAGUUCUCUCCAGAGACUGUGCAUAAUGAGGGCACUGAGGCCUGACCGCAUGACGUAUGCUGUAAGAGACUUUGUGGAGGAGAAACUCGGGGGCAAAUAUGUGAUUGGCAGAUCUCUGGACUUUGCAGUGUCCUUUGAAGAGACAGGUCCGACAACGCCCAUGUUCUUCAUCCUCUCUCCCGGAGUUGAUCCUUUGAAGGAUGUGGAGAAACACGGAAAGAAGCUUGGUUUUACAUUUGACAACAAGAACUUCCAUAAUGUAUCUCUUGGUCAAGGUCAGGACGCCAUGGCUGAACAAGUUCUUCAUUUGGCUGCUAAAAAUGGCCAUUGGGUCAUAUUACAGAAUAUCCAUUUGGUGGCUCGCUGGCUGGGUACUCUGGAAAAACUUCUAGAGCAGCAAGCUGAGGGGAGCCAUGCGAACUUGAGGGUUUUUGUCAGUGCUGAGCCUUCUUCCAGCCCUGAGGGCCACAUCAUUCCACAAGGCAUCCUGGAGAACUCCAUCAAGAUAACCAAUGAGCCACCAACGGGCAUGCAUGCAAACUUGCAUAAGGCUCUGGACAACUUCAAUCAGGACACGCUGGAAAUGUGCGCACGGGAGAACGAGUUCAAAAGUAUUCUCUUUGCACUCUGCUACUUCCAUGCUGUAGUUGCAGAGAGGAGGAAGUUUGGUCCUCAAGGCUGGAACAGAUCAUAUCCUUUUAACACAGGAGACCUCACAAUCUCAAUCAAUGUCCUUUUCAACUACCUGGAGGCUAAUCCCAAGGUGCCCUAUGAUGAUUUACGCUACCUCUUUGGAGAGAUCAUGUAUGGAGGUCACAUCACAGAUGAUUGGGACCGCCAUCUAUGUGGGACCUACCUCGAGGAGUUUAUUCAGCCUCAGAUGAUGGAAGGAGAGUUCUUUUUAGCACCGGGUUUCCCUUUGCCUGGAAACAUGGACUACAACAGCUAUCACCAGUAUAUUGACGAGACCCUACCAGCCGAGUCGCCCUAUCUGUAUGGCCUUCAUCCCAACGCCGAGAUUGGCUUCCUGACACAAACGUCGGAAAAGCUUUUCCAUACUGUACUGGAGAUGCAGCCCAGGGAUGGAGGUGUCAGUGAAGGGGGAGGAAUGACACGGGAGGAAAAGGUACGUACAGUGCUGGAUGACCUUAUUGAGAAACUCCCUGAGGAAUUUAACAUGGGCGAGCUGCUCGGAAAAGCCGAGGAGAGGACUCCCUACCAGGUUGUGGCGGUGCAAGAGUGUGAACGCAUGAAUCUUCUCACCCAAGAAAUCAGACGUUCCCUCAAUGAGCUCAGUCUGGGACUCAAGGGGGAACUAACCAUGACCAGUGACAUGGAGAACCUGCAGAAUGCUAUUUUUCUGGACAUGGUACCAGAGACUUGGAGCAAGCGUGCUUACCCCUCCAUGUAUGGCCUGACUCUGUGGUUCACUGACCUGCUGGCCCGGAUCAAGGAACUGGACAUCUGGACAAGUGACUUUGUCCUACCUUGCGCAGUGUGGCUGACUGGCUUUUUCAACCCGCAGUCCUUCCUCACCGCCAUCAUGCAAGCCAUGGCUCGCAAGAACGAGUGGCCUUUGGACAGCAUGAGUCUUCAAUGUGAUGUUACCAAGAAGAACCGUGAGGACGUAACGGCGCCACCUCGGGAAGGUGCUUAUGUCCAUGGACUAUACAUGGAAGGUGCCCGCUGGGACACACAGACCGGCUUGAUUGCGGAUGCCCGCCUGAAAGAGCUCACUCCCGUUAUGCCAGUCAUCUUCAUCAGGGCCAUCCCCGUGGACAAACAGGAGAACAAGAACAUGUACCAGUGUCCGGUUUACAAGACCCGUCAAAGAGGGCCUACAUACGUGUGGACGUUUAACCUGAAGACCAAAGAAAAAGCCUCCAAAUGGACCUUGGCUGGAGUUGCUUUGCUUUUACAGAUCUAGCUUUAGUAGCGGUGCGGUGCUACAACAGGGUCACGUUUCAAUUGACGAUGCCAAUUAGAUUUGUUUUGAAUUAUAUUCUGGGGUCUCAAAAAGCUUUUCAUAAAACGACCGUAUUGCAAAUGAUUCAUAGAGAAGACUCACAGUAUGCUUCAUUAAUCAAGUGCAUUCCAAAUCAUUAAUACUGAAUAGAUUAGACUGGCGGUAUGAGAAAUUGUGAAAUUCUUGUGGGUUUUUUUUCUUCUUCUUCAGCACAUAAAUUUGCACAUUAAUUGAAAGUCAAUUCACUUCCUCUUGCUACAUAGAUACAUCAAUGUUACUUGUCUUUAGCUUCCGUCACUCUUGGUGAAAUUGAAAAUCCUGGAAAUCAGCACGUCAUUUGUCUCUAUCCAGUUUAUCCUCAUUAUUUUUCUAGUUCCAAAGAUUUUUAUACACCAAACAAGAAAAUGCCUUUUUGUUGCUUGUGUAUCUACUCUUAGCCACAUUGCAUGAUGAUACAAAACAAAACUGUAAAUGUAGACUAUAAUAAUAAAUAAAUAAAUAAAUAAAUACAAUAGAGACUGACA